GACCCGCCCCUGACCCUCUCUCCGUGUCCCCAUAUCUCCAUGCCCCAGAGCCUCAGUCCCCAUCCACUGACACUCAGUCCCCACCCCCAUCCGCCGCCAUGUUCCUGCUCUCCGGGGGCAGUGCUCGUUGUGUGUGUUGAUGCUCGCGGUUCUCGGGUAGAAUAACGUCUCCGAAGUAGAGAUACAUCAGGAAAUGGAAGGGAGACGUGAACUUUGGAAAAUCGCACUCACCAGAGAAGUGGAACUGAGCGAAGUGUUUGAGCUGCAGGAUGCCAAAUCUUGAUGGACUACUUCUCCCUAGAGUAAGAAACACGGUGUGUACAUGUGCACUUUGGAUUGAAGGAUCAACAUGGAAGUUCAGGAUGAAAGGCAAAUCCUCAAGAACAAUGGGCAGCAACUUCAGCAGCAGAUUAGACUCAGACCGUUGACACCUGGACAUGGGGGGCUGGAGGUCCUGUGCUGCAAAGUGUGUGGAAAGGGUUUCCGCUGGCCCAGCCUACUGGACACACACCUCCGCAUUCAUACUGGAGACAAGCCCUUCGAGUGUGCCGUGUGCCAGAUGCGUUUCUACACAUCCAGCGAGGUCACCAAGCACCAGCGAUUUCACACAGGUGAGAAACCUUUUGAGUGCUCGGUGUGCACAAAGCGCUUCCACACAUCCAGCAACCUGGUGCAGCAUCACAAAGUCCAUACUGGUGAGAAGCCGCACAAGUGCGCAGUCUGCAGCAAGAGCUUCUCCCGCUCCUGUGACCUGAGCAAGCACAGACGCAUUCACACGGGGGAGAAGCCAUUCGGCUGUGGAGUGUGCGGCAAGUGCUUCCACACGUCCAGCAACCUCGUCCAGCACCGGCAGGUCCACGCCGCUGAGAGGCCCUUUGAGUGCAAUGUGUGUGCAAAGCGAUUCUACACCUCCAGCCUCCUGACACAGCACCAGAAAAUUCACACCGGUGAGAAGCCGUUCGAGUGCACGGUUUGCCGGAAGCGCUUUUACCGAUCAGGCUACCUCAUUGAGCACCAGCGCACCCAUACGGGAGAGAAAAAGUUCGAGUGCACCGUGUGUGGUAAAAGGUUUCACACGUCGAGCAAUCUGAACAAGCACGUGAAAAUCCAUACCGGGGAGAAACCAUUCAAAUGCUCACUGUGUGACAAGAGGUUUUAUACAUCCAGUAACCUAACACAGCAUCAGCAGAUCCACACAGGGGAGAAGGCAUUCAAAUGCAGUGUCUGCAAGAAGCGGUUUAAAAGUUUCAGGUACUUGCUGCAGCAUCAAAUGAAGCACGCCGGGGACACAGCGUCGAACGUACUGGAUUAAACUCUGCCUCGCAGUCUGUGCAUUUUCUGCCAACACAGGGAGCUGCUUUGAUGUUUUGACUCUGGUCCUCUUCCUUUCCCCAGUCUUUAUGAAACAGUGGUGGUGAAUCACAGGGUCAGUCGGUUCUCAAUCCCAGAGUCUCCUGCCCCAUCGCUUCUCAUGAUUAAGUUUGGACACCAAGAUUAGUACUGUUGGAGAGGGAAGCUAGCAUUUAAGAUCAUGGGCAGAUGGGGCAUUGACCACUUUUCAUGUGAAAAACUGAUCAGCCAUCCUUUGAUGCCAUGCACCUCGAUGAAGGGUCAUAAUUUGUAGCAAAUGGGAUAUCUGUGUUUCAGUUGUCAGCAUGAGCGAGUCUGUGAUCACUCCACAACUCUCCACAAUAGCCCUACCUCCUAUUCUAUCUCAGACAUCCAUCCAGAUUUCCCAUUUUCAGAAACAAAAUUUAAGCUUACCCCCCACACCCCCACCUCAACCCUAAAGUAGCAUCUCGGAUUUCCAGAGGAUUAUCCAAGCAGGUUCUACUGACAUAUCUUUGUGUGGAUACUGAGUGCUCAACAACUGUUCAUUCAAUAUUCUUUCUUAGGAAGCAUUUAAACUGUUGGAAUUCCCAAUGUCUUGCCCUCCUAUAUCUCUCCCCAUAAUCCUAGCACUUAGAUAGAAACUUAUUAUUACUGUCUGGUUCACUAAAUAUUCCCUGAUUGGUUCACGCGUGUGUUUUCCUAUCUCUCGAGAUUCAAGCCCAUUUCACGUUCUCUAGUUCCCCUUUCUGUGCCUAACAAUCCUGAUAGCCCGAAUUUACAAUCAUAGAGUCAUGGAGAUGUACAGCAUGGAGACGGAUCUUUUGGUCCAACUCGUUCAUGCUGACCAGAUAGCCUAAAUAAAUCUAGUCCCAUUUGCCAGCAUUUGGCUCGUAUCCCUCUAAACUUUUCCUGUUCAUAUACCCAUCCAGAUGCCUUUAAAAUGCUGUAAUUGUACCAACCUCCACCGCUUCCCCGGUACCUUAAACCUAUGCCCUCUAGUUUUGCAACCCCCACCCCGGAGGAAAGACCUUGAUUUUAUCCUAUAAGACCACCCGUUGGCCUCCGACACUCCAAGAAAAAUAGCCCCAAUCUAUUCAGCCUCUUCUAUAGUUCAAACCCUCCAACGUCUGGCACCGUCUUUGUAAAUCUUUUCUGAACCCUUUCAAGUUUCAUAACAUCCUUCUUACAGCAGGGAGACCAGAAUUGUACAGUAUUCCAAAAGUGGCCAAACCAAUGUCCUGUGCAGCUGCCACAUGAUCUCUGAAUUCCUAUACUCCAUGCACUGACCAACAAAGGAAAGCAUAUCAAAAUGCCUUUUUCACAUCAUUUCUAUUUUCCUGCCACUGUCCCAGGAUUUACUCCGUCUUAAAACAUCUGACAGUCCCUGCUUACACCCCACCCUCCUCCGAAUGUACUGUCACUUGUAAAUGAGAGCUUUGCCGUUCCUGAUGCUGUUAAGGAUGCUCCCAUUUGAGUUAUGGCCUUGAUCGAAGGACAUGUUUGAGGACUGAGACUCUUUCUCUUUAAUCACAUGUCCGUGUUUGCUUCCUCAAAUCAUGGUGGUGCUGUUGCUGGUGGUUCAGCACUUGUGUGUAAAUUGUUGCUUAGACUGCCCACCUAGUCCUACAUUUGCCUUUAAAAUUCUUGGUCGGUCCAGCCUCCUCCUCUCCUCCACCAACUGAGUAUUACACUAGGUUUCUCCCCGAAAUAUCCUCUGCACCCUGGAAUUUCCAACUAUCUAGCCAUCGAUCUCGAUUCAUCCAGCUGCUAAUUUACUAAGUGGUGCCUUCCACACCGUCUUUGAUGCCCUUCCUCUCACUAAAAUUGUUACAAUUUUCUAACCUUGUUGAUUCACCACCUUUGCCUUCUUACGUCUGAAAGAGCUUUAGGUUUAAAUGUCUCUAACAAUCAAUUUUUUGGCCCGUUGCUGAAAUCUGCCUGGAUACAGCGAUCACUAAAUUUGUCAAAUGUUAACGUUGUUUAAUGAUUACUCAGGCAGAUGAAAAUGACACCAGCUUUACUUAAAAAAACACUGAACAGGAAUAGGCCAUUCAGCCCUUCGGGCCAACUUCCCCAUUCAAAUGAUCAUGGUUGAUCAUCCAACCUAGUACUCUGUUCCUAUUUUCUCCCAAUGCCAUUUGAUCCCUUUAGGCCCAAAAACUAUAUCUAACUCCUUCUUGAAAACAUUCAAUGUUUUGGCCUCUGCCACUUUCUGUGGCAGAAAACUCCACAGACUCACCACUUUUUGGGUGAAGAGAUUUCUCCUUAUCUCAAUCCUAAAUGGCCCAUCCCAUAUCCUUAGUCCGUGAGCCCUGGUUCUGGACUCCCCAGUCAUAGAGAACAUCGUCCCUGUGUUUACUAUGUCUGGUCCUGUUAGAAGUUUAUUGCAAACAGCAUCUACCCCACUUCUGCAUCCAUUGCUAUGUCUUUGCCCACUUCUGGAGGAGGUUGUGAUCCUUUCGUUGCAACAAUUGAGAACACAUGGCUUACCAUGUAAACCUACUUUGAGGUUAACCCUUCCUCAGCUAUCAGUUUGUAUUGUUUCUGAGUUUUCAUCAAUUUUUCCAUUUUUUAGGAGUUGGGAUGUUAUAUUACAGCUGUUCAGGACAACGGUGAGGCCACUUGUAGAAUACAGCGUACAGUUCUGGUCACCUUUCUAUAGGAAGGAUGUUAAACCUGAAAGUUAUCAGAAAAUAUUUACAAAGAUGUUGCUGGGACUGGAGGGUUUAAGCGAAAGGGAGAGGCUGAAUAGGCUGGAGAUUUUGUCCCUGGAGUGUUGGAGGCUGAGGGUGAACAGUUAAAGGUUUAUAAAAUCAUGACAGGAUAGGAUGAAUAGUCAAGGUAUCUUUCCUAGGAUGGGGGAGUCCACAACCAGAGAGGGCAUAGGUUUAAGGUGAGAGGGGAAAGAUUUAAAAAGGACCAGUGGGCAACUUUUUCAUGCAGAGAGUGGUGCGUGUAGAAUAAGCUGCCAGAGGAAGUGGUGGAACUUGGUACAAUUACAACAUUUAAAAGGCAUCUGGAUGGGUACAUGAAUAGGAAGGGUUUAGAGGAAUAUGGGUCAGAUGCUGGCAAAUUGUACUAGGUCACAAUUUAGGAUAUCUGGUCAGUGCAGAUUAGAUGGACUGAAGGGCUUGUUUCUGUGCUGAAUGACUUUAUGGGAAUGAUAUAAAGGUUAACAGUGAGGGUGGGAGGACAGGGGCACACCGGGGAUAGGGGAUUGAUCUGCAGAAUUGGAGAUAUGACACAGAUGGUCCUUGGGUUAUGAACAUGCAUUCCAGUAUUUUUAUUUGGUUUUCCGAACUUUGAGGCCUCUGCCACAAACUCCAUUCUCUACUGACUCCACCUCUGUCCCUUGCAACUAUCUGAGGCGAAGAAUUCCUGUCCUAUUGGACUCUGAGACAUGCUUUCCUCUGUAAUAUUGCUGAAUUCCAUUAUAACUUACGCUGGUCUGCUGGAACCCUCCUUCAUGUCUUUGUAUCUAAACUUGCUAUUCCUACAUUCUAUAAAUUCAGAAGUCACGCAAGAUUCUGCUCAUGUCCCUGUAUCACAACAAAUUCUGUUGACUGUCCCGUAUGCUCACUAACCUACAGUGGUAGUGAAACAAAUGUGAAGACUUUAUAUUUUUCUUUUUCUGUAUUUUUGAUUGUUUACUGAGAUGGGAAAAGGAUUGGUUUAAAAUCCUAGGAUUAUGGAAGUGAUACUGCACUUUUUAAGGGCGAGUAACUUGACUGUCAAAUCGUAAAUGCCGUUGACUCAACUGUUUGCUCUUCCAGUUACAAAUAAGCUGGAGCCAGGGGUGUGUGCAAAUGGAGAUUUGGCCAGCAACAAGUAACUGAUUGGUCUGUGGGCUAGUCCCUAGCAAUGGCCUUCUGUCUACAAAAGCAAUGUGAUUGGCUCCCAAGUAGCCGAACAGGUUAUAGGUGUGAGCAUUUUGGGGAAAGCAAUUGGAUCUCUGGAAAAGAAAGAGACUGCGUCUUUUACUUUGUAGGAAAAACCAUCUCAAGCCAGGUAAAAGAACUAGUUCAUUUUUCUCUUGUCAGUUGCUGCAAGCUGUAGUUUUAAGUAAGUCAGCGGUUUUUCAAGUUGUGAGCCAGCUGCCACAUCCUUCCUGCAAGUGACUGAAAGAACCUGGAGAAUGUAGCUCAAGGACCAGUCUCCUAACAAACCAAGAGGAUCAACACAGCGAACCCUGGGAAUAGGGGCCAUUGAACUGCUUUUGCAGUCUUUACCUCUACCUAUGAAGCUGUUUUUUUUGUCUGCAUGUGUAGGAGGAAUCUAUGGGGGAGAAGGGAUUAGAGUUUUAACAAUACUGGUUAUAUGUUGACAGUUCAUAAUGCAGUAUCUGUAGAUAGAAUGUAUUUAUUUGUAAUAAAUUGUAAUUCUUGUUACAUACAGAAA